UGCGUUUUACUUGUGAGCAAAUUUGUCUUCUCGCGCUUCCCGUUGCUCCACAAUGAUUGGUCGAAGGGAAAAAAUGGCGCUGGCCGCGUAAUUGUGAAAACAUCAUGAAGGCAACUGAAAUUCAGUGUUUUGCAGAUUCGUAGGCUGCUAACAAACCUGCUAGCAAAACAUCUAACACUGGAACAGAAUUAGGCUGUCUCCUAGCUGUCAAGUAAACGCCCCCAGCAUGCCUGCCUUUCGGCAAGUAGGAGAGAAGCAAGUUCCUAAUCCUGUACUGUGUAUGGCAUGGUCUCCCAAACGGGAUCUGAUUGCUCUGGCCAACACAGCUGGAGAGUUGCUACUACAUCGCUUGGCUAGUUUCCAGCGUGUGUGGACCUUACUGCCCUGUGAAUAUACUGGGAAGGAGAUCACUGCACUUGCCUGGAGACCUGAUGGCAAAAUAUUGGCCUUCAGCCUCGGAGACACCAAGCAGGUGGUUCUGUGUUGCAUUGAGAAGGCAGAAUUCCUCCACACAUUUCCAGUGCAGAACCCUGUAACCUGUAUGCACUGGAUGGAGGUGAUGGAGGAGAGCAGCCCCCUUUACAACUCAGAGGAUGAAUCCAAACUCUUUCUUCCCAAAUUGCCAACACUACCCAAGAGCUAUAGUACAGCAUCAAAAAUCUUCAGUGAGGAAAAGUCUGAUGAGAUAAUGAAUCUCUUGGGAGAUGUCAGGCUGAAUAUACUUGCUCUUGGAGGAGAUGCUGGCUUUGUGGAGCUCUAUGCCUAUGGGAUGUACAAGAUUGCUACUCUAACAGGAGUAUCAGGGACUUGUCGCAGCCUGAGUCUGUCCAAUGAUCUCAAGUCUCUGUCUGUCAUCACUGAGGCCAGGUCUGCUGAUAACAACCCAGAGAUCUGCUACAUUCAGCUGGACACAGGAUUGUUGUCAGACUGUCUGCCUGAGGUCACUAGGAUGGCACGCAAGUUCACUCACAUCUCCGCUCUGCUGCAGUACCUGCACCUCUCACUCACCUGCAUGUGUGAAGCCUGGGAGGACAUCCUCAUGCAAAUGGAUCUUCGACUUACCAAGUUUGUUCAGGAAAAGAACACAAGUACCCAGGUUCAGGAUGAGUUUCUGGAGCUUUUGUUGUGGGGACAAUCAAGCCCUGAACUGCAGGCUCUUCUUAUGAACCAGCUUACUGUCAAGGGCCUGAAGAAGCUUGGCCAGUCCAUGGAAUCCUCUUACUCCAGUAUCCAGAAGCUGGUGAUUAGCCACCUACAGAGUGGCUCUGAGGCUCUGUUGUAUCACCUCAGUGAGUUGAAGGGCAUGUCCCUCUGGAAGCAGAAGUUUGAGCCCCUUGGUCUCGAUUCAGCAGCUAUAGAAGGUGCUAUCACUGCAGUCGGUUCCUUUUCUCUGAAAGCCAAUGAACUUCUGCAAGUGAUUGACAAGAGUAUGAAAAACUUCAAAGCCUUUUUUCGGUGGCUGUAUGUAGCUAUGCUAAGAAUGUGUGAGGAGCAUGUACCACCAGAACUCAACAAAAUGACUCAAAAGGACAUUGCCUUUGUUGCAGACUUCUUGUCUGAGCAUUUCAGUGAGAAUGAAGAACUCUUUGAUCGUAAAGGGAAGUACUUCAAUGUAGAGCGAGUCGGUCAGUACCUGAAGGAUGAGGAUGAGGACCUUGUGUCUCCACCCAGCACCAAGGGAAACCAGUGGCUGAAGUUCUUGCAGGAAAGCAAGGACCUCAAGGAGAGCCCUUUGCUGUUUCCUUCUUAUCCACAAAAGUCUUUGCACUUUGUCAAGAGGAUUAUGGAGAGUGUGAUUGAGCAGUGUCUACAGAAACCUGCAGAAGUAAUUGGGAAAUCUAUAAAACAAGUUGUCUUCCUGCCCCUGUACACUGUGCCAGAGAGCUCUGAAAACACUCCACGACUUUUUGAACUCCCGUCUUUGUGGAAUGACAAGAAGGGAAAAAUGCACUAUGUUGUGUUCUGCAUGCCAGAGGUUACACCCUGCGGGCUGUACCUGUUACGAAAAGGAACAGACCCAAACAGACACAUCCCCAACAGUGUCAUAUCGAUUGACCUCAGCCACCACCUUGACAAUGCAGAAGAUGAAGCUGCUGCAGCCCAGUCUCAUUAUGUUUACAAAUGUCUGGAUGCUCGUUUCUAUGACGAUGAAAUGCUAACUGUGGUCUUGGAAGGAGCAGAAGACAACAGGAAGCGUGUCCUGGCUCAGCUACCUCUUGCUUCCGUUCUGAGCUGUGAGACUGAAUUCAAGUGGGAGCCAAAUCUUAGGUUGGACCAGCAGACCAGCGCCAUCCCAUGCCAAGGCCUGGUGCUGGGGAAUCAGUGGCGUGAACUAGAGAACAUGAAGGCUCAAUUUGUAGCUGUCAACGGAGUCCGCAAAGUGGCCUGUGUGCUCAGUACCAACCUGAGGCACAUACGUGUUUUUGAGAUGGAUGUAGAAGAUGAGGAUGAUGAAGGAGUUGACUCACAGAAUGCCAGUGCUGACUGUGAUGGGCUGGAAACUACCAUGAGCAGCCAGGGGCAGGGAGAGGAGACUGUGGAGGCUGAUGGUGAUGCUGGAGAGGAUCGAGUGGAUGGGUCGCAAAAGACUGAGGAGCAGCUGGUGUCAGAAGAAGCCUUAGAAGUCUCUUAAGACCGAGACAGAAAAACACACGCUCCAUAAAUAAAGGACUGAUCUAUGUGCUGUUUUUUUGUUACAAAAUAUUUUACAGCAUUCUGGAAAAUACAUGUUUGCAUAUUAAAAUAAAUAGGCUUGUAUAUGUUUGCACUGA